AUGUCGAGGGCCGAUUCAGCUCAUGAGCCAUUGUUACAUGAGGAGAACUUAGCUCCCAUGGCUCAAGACUUCAACCAAAGCUCAAGAACUUCUUCAAGGAAAAGAAGACUGCGUCGCUCUAGAAGCGCUCCUCGUGGUGAUUGUAUGUACAACGAUGAUGUCAAAAUUGACGAACCACCUCCUCAUCCAAGUAAAAUGCCAAUGUUCAGGGAUCUAAACCCGAAUCUCAGGCGAGUGAUCUUGCUCUUGGUCAUAUAUCUAGCCAUUGGUACUCUGUGCUUCUACCUCGUGAGAGACCAGAUCGCCGGUCAUAAGACCAAUAGUGUGGUAGACGCUGUCUAUUUCUGUAUAGUAACGAUGACAACCGUUGGAUAUGGUGACCUUGUUCCUCAUAGCUCUGGCUCGAGGCUACUUGCUUGUGCCUUUGUCUUCUCAGGAAUGGUCCUCGUGGGUCACCUUUUAAGCCGAGCAGCGGAUUACCUAGUGGAAAAGCAAGAGACUUUGCUCGUUAGGGCUUUCCAUUUGCGCCAAUCCUUCGGUCCAACAGACGUUCUCAAGGAGUUGCAUACUAACAGGUUGAGAUACAAAUGCUAUGUGGCUUUCCUUGUCCUUGUAGUCCUCUUCCUUGCCGGUACAAUUUUCCUUACAAUGUUUGAGAAAAUGCCGCUUAUCGAUGCUUUCUACUGUGUUUGUUCCACGGUUACGACAUUGGGAUACGGCGAUCGGAGCUUCAACUCGGGAACGGGACGCCUUUUUGCUGUGUUUUGGAUCUUGACGAGCACUAUAUGUUUGGCUCAGUUUUUCCUCUAUGUAGCUGAGCUACAUGCAGAAAACAAACAGAGGGAGUUAGUGAAAUGGGUUUUAACACGAAGAAUCACAAAUAAUGAUCUCGAAGCAGCUGAUCUCGACGAAGAUGGACUCGUCGGAGCUGCAGAGUUUAUAUUAUAUAAACUGAAGGAAAUGGGGAAGAUUGAUGAGAAAGAUAUUUCUGGGAUUAUGGAAGAAUUUGAGCAGCUCGACUACGAUGAAUCGGGAACUCUAACGACUUCUGACAUCAUUCUAGCUCAGACAACGUCUCAGCCCCAAAGGUAA